AUGGUCCUCAUUUUCGAAGAUUUGCUGAUGUUCGCGUGCUCAUCCAGUUCUCGCCGCCUUCUCCGAACUCCCUCAUCUCCAACAAGACCUUCGCCGCCGGCAGCAGUACCGCGAGCCUUUUCGUCCAUUGGCGGCUUGACCAUCGCCAACAAGCCGCGGCGUCAUGUUGAAGGCCCCCCGGAGCUUGUGCUUCUCUGCCGCACGACUGAUCCUCGCUGCUUGGAAUUUGCUGACGCCUUUCGCAGAACACGUCCGCGCGUUCGCCCACCAACCACCUGCGGCCUUUCCAAACUUCUCGCCAGGCCACCUCCACCGAACAAAAGUCACAAGCUCAAUGCAGUACUAUGCAAUAGCCACAGCGACCAUUGGAAGCUAGGUUCCAGAACUGCCGUGCUCUCGGGCGUAAUGUCCAGAUCGAUAUCCAUUGUCGGCGGUCAAGAUCUGCCAAACAGUCCUGCCCUCCGCGAUUCCGCGCCUUGGGAUUCAGAGUCGUCGCCGGCUUCCAUCUGGCAAAUUGCACUCGAGAGUCGUCAUGUGAGCCGCAAGUCACGACUUCCACGCGUUCAUUCAGAACGCGCCUCGACUGCAAACCUCUCGUACGGUCGCGGAUGUCCAUGA